GGAGAGUGUGGAGGAGUGGGACUAAGAGCUGAUCUCUUAUCUUCCUUAUUAUAAUUACAAAACAUACACAUACUCAAGGCCGUGUAUUAGUAAUGACCCGGCAACACUAGUCUCAGUAUACACGUGUGGGUGGGCCCGCGGGUGUUUGCAUAUACUGGGAAAGUUCCUAACACAUUUGCGUGUUUCCGAUAAGCUCAUAUCUCGGGUCAAACACAAAGACGUUAAAGUUUUUCAGAAUGUUGAUCUGCUUAGUUACGUCUGGGAAGCCUAACAACUGCUCCUACUGAACUAAACACUAAGGAUCAUGAUAGUUACAAUCUCGGUCUCGUAAGGACAGGCACAUAGUAUGGCCUCCAUGAACGCAUUCAUGAGUAGGAGAGUUAACUAUAUAAACGUCUGUAAUUAGGACCUUCCGUCAUCAUUUCCGGCCGAGAACAUUCCUCCUCGCUAGGAAGGAAGGCGGCCCACGCGUCCUGGAGAAAGCCUCUAGGUGUUCCUUAUGCUAGCCAUCAAACUAAUACCUGAGCAUCACCAUCAGAAGCCUAAUGCUUCAUGUCGCGAAGAUGAACCACCAAAGCUUCUCAUUUCUUGUUAUUCAGGCGUGAUUAUUAGAGCCUGAAGACAUAGUAGAUGCUAAACAACAUACGGAGAAGGAUGCUGAUUCCUCGUUUGUUUGCCUUCCUGAGAGCGGGAGGGGUAUAUAAUAGGUGUGGGCGGCGCCAGAUCGGUGUCAGGCGUCGACGUGAAGCACGAGUCGCUCACUAUCAAGCUGCUGGAGGUAUUGGGAGGACCCGAACACAUAGUCUUGGACUCGGAAGAAGUUAUUCUAAUUUGUUGAUUGUGACCAUGUUACGUUAGCGACGGGUAUUUUGGCGACCUUUAAGUGCUCAACGUUACGAAAGGCAUCGAGCUAUGAAUGAAUUAUUUUCAUUGUAAGAAAAAUCAUUCAAGGAAGAUAUGCUGCUAAAAUUGUUGAAUUUGUUGGCAUUGGUGGUGUUGGUGAGAGAGGGUCGUGGCGAGGCAAGCAGCGACAGCACUGAUGGCACCAGCACAGCUCCAGAUGGUGCACCUCCCGGCCUCCAUAUCCAGCCCGUGCCAGCUUCCCUCUCAAAUCAAAUGGCCAGGACUAACCCAGACGACUGUGGUGAUGUACCCUCAACCACGACUGUGAGGCGAAGUGUGGAGGACGUGACGUCCCUCUCGCUGGGGGAGGAUAGUGACACGCUGAAGCAACUGGCGCUAGACACGACUCUCACCAUCCAAGGACGAAAUGCUUCAAGAAAAGGUCCUGCGUUCCACUGCGAUGAGUUUAUCAACAGUGAUGACUUCUACCUCCACUCGCCCGGCUACCCCAACAACUAUCCAGCCAACACGACGUGCAAGUACCAAAUCUACCGCCGCCACCCUGACUACUGCGGCGUUAUCUUCACGGUGCUCCGCCUCGACCUGGUCACACUCCCGAGACCAGAUGAUGACGACAACGAGAUCCUGCAGGACGUGGGCGGGGCUGUGGGCGUGGCUGGGGCCAGGGACUGCCCUGGGGACACCCUAGUGAUAAACGACGUGGUCCACUGUGGCAGGUACCAACGAGGCAAGACAGCCACCUUCCUCUUCCCUUCAUCCCUCAUGACGGUGGAAUUCCGAAGCGGUGAGAGCCACGGGGCAUCAGGCUUCCUCCUGCAGGGGCGACAGGUGAAGAGGUGCCGUCAACCCAGGACCCUCGGUGCCCCUCUAGUCUCCUCUCUCUCCUGCGACAGACUGCUAGAGGGGAAGACUUUCCAGUUGAGGUCGCCAGGGUACCCAAGACAGUACGAGCACAACCUGGAGUGUCGGUACACCGUGCCCCGCGGCGGUGACUCUCUCUGCGGGGUGCAGCUGCUUGUGGAGGACUUCGAUGUAGAGGACGGCAGCUGUAUGUUCGACUACCUGGAGGUGCAGGGCCAGCGGCUGUGUGGUGGGCUCCAGCCAGGCUUUACAAGUUACUAUGAAUUCGAAGGAGAAAAGCUUGACAUUAGAUUCCGCACAGACGAAUCGACGAAGAAGAUCGGCUUUUCUAUUCUUGGAAAACAGGUGUCCUGUGACGACCUGCAGCCUGUCGAAGCUCCCUUCAACCAAUCUUCUCCAAGCACAAUCCUCGAUAACCAAUCACUUUCCUCGUCGUCAGACGCAAGUACCCAAUCAACUGCCACUUUAUCUUCAUCUCUUACUCCAAGCUCUUUGAAGAACCAGUCUGAAAUCGAUAUAAAUUACCUCUUGUCAAUCAUUGGUCGGCAGCCCAUACCAUUUGAUGAACCGGAAGCUGCGGGAACUGAGCCGGAAGCUGCGGGAACUGAGCCGGAAGCUGCGGGAACUGAGCCGGAAGCUGCGGGAACUGAGGCUUCAGAAGUGGACUUCACGGAGCUCGACCCUGGCCUCGUGACGGACAGUGAACAACCCACAAAGCUGAGUCAAAAUAUUCCUGGUAAUCCUAAUUUUAAUCCUUUCACGGGCACUGGAUUACAGCCCACUUUGCCUACCAUACCUGGGAGUAUCUCAACCGGUUUCCCAGUCACUGUCAACUUCCCGGCCACCAGCAGCUUCCCCACGACGAUCUUCCCAAUCGUGCGUACCAGCGACUGUGACCAAACACUGCAGGCGACCAGCUUCAUCAUCAACAGCCCCAACUAUCCUUCUGCUUACCCUAACUCCAAAGACUGCUCCUUCUUCAUCGGCAAGUCUUCAUCAAACGUCUGUGGGCUGGAGGUGACCUUUGUUGACGUCGAUUUGCCAUCGAGGGACUCCAUCACCGGUGACUGCACGGCCGACUACCUCGAUAUUGACGGCGCCAGGUUCUGUGGCACCAUCCAAAAUAACGUCCUGACCUUCAACUUCACGAGCUCCACCAUCGCCAUCACCUUUCACUCGGACGCCUCCAUCGUCGGCAGAGGCUUUCGGGUGUCGGGGAGGCAGGUGACUGAGUGUGGGGGUGCGGUGCCGGUAGGGUGUGACGUCACCACCCAGCUGUCGGAGUUCAUAGUGACGAAUCCAGGGUACCCGGGCACCUACCCGGCCUCCACGGACUGCAGAAUCUCCGUCCUCCGCUCUUCGAACACCGUCACCAGCCUGGUCCUGGAGUUGCUGUCGUUCGAGACGAGCGCGACGACCGGGUGUGUGGGAGACUACCUGGAAGUGGCUGGUCAGAGGCUCUGUGGCUCACUCACAGGCCAGACGCGGACUUUCACCUUCCUAAGCGAUCCUCUGACCAUCAACUUCCACUCUGACUCUACGACGGCCGUAAACGACAUCGGGUACCAGGUACGAGUGACCCAGCGGACCGCCAGCAAUCCAAGCGGGUGCGGUAGCUUCGUGACCACACCCACCGCCGCCCUUCAGUCCCCGCAGUACCCCUCCCAGUACCCGCCCAGCACUGACUGCCGCUACCUCGUCGUUAAGUCCUCCAGCGACGUGUGUCAGCUGCAGGUGAAGAUCCUAGACAUGGAGAUGGAGUCGAGCGCCGGGUGUGGCAAUGACUACCUGCAGGUGGGCGGGCAGGAGCGGCUGUGUGGGAGCAGGUCCCCAGGAGAGAUCCGCAAGUAUCACUUCAGUGGCCUGUUCCUUGACCUCUUCUUCCAUUCGGACGCGCUGGGAUCAGGACGCGGGUUCAGCAUCGAGGUCACCCAGAUUACAUGUGGACAUUUCAAGCCCAACUACCCGACCUAUCCAACAUAUAACCCUCAUUAUCCUCGCCCAAAUCCCCACCCUCGUCCCUAUCCCCACCACAGGCCCAACCCUCACUACCGCCCCAACCCUCACUACAACAACAAUCGCAAGCCAGUGUUUAUCAGGCCGGUUAGACCACUUCUGAAGCCGAAACUGAAUCCUCGCUGGAAGUUUAAUCCUUUUACACGCCCUCGAUAUUCCGGCCACUACACAAGUACUUCCUCUAACUCUUACACCGACGAGCCUUGCCAUCCCGCUGCAACCUACGGCACCCCAUCUACAAGUUAUGGGGCCCCAACUGCAAGCUACGAUCUAAUAAGUGGAGAGUAUUUGCCUCCUGAUCCUGGACACACCACCCCCGGUCCCUUCAUUCCUACGCUGCCCACUACCUCUAAUCCAAUCCCCACUCCUCAGCCCACCCUCCCCACUGCCAUCCCAACUAUUAACCCUACCUUGCCUACUGUUACCCCCGUUUUCUUUAGAAUAUUCCCCACCCCAGCCCCGGAAUUCCUCCCUCAGCAAUUCAACAAUAGCAAUAACAGACCCACAACGCCCCUUGACGUCGAGCAGAUUUCGCCCACCUUCAGGGAGCGGGACCCCAAGGUGGUGCAAGGGUCCUCUGGUCCUGACGGCGCCAGAUUCUGUCGCCAGGUUUUCGAAAGCGAAAAGUUCACCAUCCAGAGUCCUGGUUACCCUGGCCCUUACUACCCUGGCAUGCGCUGCCUUUACACCAUCGUCAGGAGGAGUUCGGAUGUGUGUGGAGUGGAGCUGCUCACUGACCAGUUCGAUGUAGAGGAGACAGCCGGGUGCUCUGAGGCCAGCCUGGUGCUCGCCGGCCGCCGGUACUGUGGGACCAUCCCUCCUGGCUCACACAGCGUGGUGCCCUAUCCCAAGGACGGGAUCAUCACUAUGGAGUUCGUCACUGGUCGCUUCCUCACCGGCGCUGGCUUCAGCAUCCAGGGCCGCCAGAUCCUCUGCUCUGAAGGUUCACCCUUUACACACACGGCGCCGGUGAUUACAAGCUCUGGAGCAGUGCGCCAUCAGGACCCCAAAGGAGAGGGGAGGUUGGAGAGACCGUUGAUAAGAUUUUCGGACGGGUACGAAGAGGCCGAGUGGGUGGAGAAGUUGGCGGGAGAGGGAGAUUCCAUCUUGCCAGUGUUGGAUCCAGGGGUUGGCAAUUUUCAUACACACACGGACACACGCAAUUGGAAUCCCACUCCUGUCUGAUACACUGAGGGAGUACACACACUUCAUAUGUCUGAGAUCUUUGCGGCGAGGACUCUGUGGUGAAGAUCAAUUGAGAAACUGUAGAAGCUGCAACUGAUAAAGCUCGCGUUAAGAGAACUUUAUCACAAGAUUCCUGAUGUCUCUAUUGCAAAGAAUUUAGCUUUAAGUUUAUAUAAAUUAUACAAAAUGAAAUGUGCCAAGCUGCGUCAAUUACUGAAUAAAUAUUUGCGCUCAUAACUUAUAUUUAUAAUGCAGGUGUUGGUAACAUCUUAUGUUUAUAAUGCAGGUGUUGGUAACAUCUUAUGUUUAUAAUGCAGGUGUUGGUAACAUCUUAUGUUUAUAAUGCAGGUGUUGGUAACAUCUUAUGUUUAUAAUGCAGGUUAUUGUUAACAUCUUGUUAGCAAGACUUAAGUGGAUGGUUCUGACGAGAUCAUGCUAGAUCCUUGAGAUUUAACAAAGAGGCUGACUGAGUUCGUCUCUCUCUCUCUUCACUCUACCUUGCUUUUAUUUUACCUUCUCCAUUUUUUUCUACUCUUUCCCUUCCCAUUACAACUCUCUUCCUGAAGGCAAGGUGCUCUCACUAUAGAGUUUGAGCUAUUUCACUUGCCUUUUCUCGCUCGCUCCGAAGGUAUGUAUAAGUUAUGGCUAUCAAUCACUUAUACCAAUUUAAUAAGUAUUUUUAUUAGUUAAGACUAAACCAUUUAUACAUAAAGAGAUCGAUACGGUGCCAAAUGAAGCAAAACAAAGGCAAUUUAAGUAUUUUGUUGUUGUAGUUAGUAUGAUCUGUUUUAUGCAUUAAAAAUACAAACAUA